ACGGUAGCACAACCGAGCACCAUGGUGGAGCCCGAGCACAGAGCAUCAGCAGCCCAGCGUCUUGGAGCCCAGGAGACCCUGGGCAUCAGCACCCUGGACCCUGGCCACCGGCCUCCAACAAUGCCCCCUGGACGCCACGUCUCCAUUAAGAUACGCAUGUUGGACGACACAGAAGAGGUCUUCGACGUCUCGCAAAGAGCCUCUGGCAAGGUGGUGUUUGACCUGGUGUGUACCCACCUGAACCUCGUUGAAGGCGACUACUUCAGCCUAGAGUACCAAGACCACCACAAGAUGAUGGUUUGGCUAGACCUCCUUAAGCCAAUAGUCAAGCAGCUGAGACGGCCCAAGCACACAGUCCUGCGAUUUGUGGUGAAGUUUUUCCCCCCUGACCACACCCAACUACUGGAGGAACUGACUAGGUACCUCUUCGCCCUGCAAGUCAAGCAUGACCUUGCCUGUGGACGUCUGGCCUGCAACGACAGUAGCGCGGCCCUGCUGGUCUCCCAUAUUAUCCAGUCUGAGAUUGGGGACUUUGAGGAGAGCCAGAGUCGGCAGCACCUCCUCAACAACAGCUACAUUCCAGACCAGGUGGCUCUGAUCGACAGGAUCAUGGAGUUCCACUCCAAGAAUGUGGGUCAGACGCCAGCAGAGUCGGACUACCAGCUGCUGGAGGUGGCACGCAGGCUGGAGCUGUACGGAGUGAGACUGCAUCCUGCCAAGGACCGCGAGGGCAGCAAGCUGAGCCUGGCCGUGGCGCACACUGGUGUCCUGGUCUUUCAGGGACACACCAAGAUCAAUGCCUUCAACUGGUCCAAAGUGCGCAAAUUGAGCUUCAAACGGAAGCGGUUUCUCAUCAAGCUCAGACCAGACCUGAACAGCUCUUACCAGGACACUCUGGAGUUCCUGAUGGGUAGCAGGGACUGCUGUAAAGUCUUCUGGAAGAUCUGUGUGGAAUACCACGCCUUUUUCCGCCUCUUCGAGGAGCCCAAACCCAAACCCAAGCCUGUCCUCUUCACCCGAGGCUCCUCCUUCAGAUUCAGCGGUCGGACCCAGAAGCAGGUGAUUGAUUACGUGAAGGAUUCUGAGUUUAAGAAGAUUCCCUUUGAAAGGAAACACAGCAGGGUCCAGCACAGCAGCAGCCGUCUGUCUCCACUGCCUUCCCCGCACCGCCCUCAAGUGCCAAAAGAAGUCAGUGUCUCCUUCGAGAGUGUGAGCCGUGCUCCAGGAGACGUAGUGGACUCUCCGCCACGCCGUCACUGGAAGGAGUCCGUGUUGGUGAGCGCCGAAGACCCAUCGGCCCUGCGGACCAGAAGCAGCCCCUCCAGCCAGAGGAAUGGGGCACACAGCGAGGAAAGGCCAGGCCCCGGGGCAGAACCAGGCCCAGCCAGGCAGCCCCACCCAGAACAUCUGAACACAGGUCCAGCCUCCCGGGGCGCUAAGGGCAGCAGCUCCUCCAUCCCCUACAUUGACUGCAGUGAUAUAGAUAGUGAAUACGACGUGGCCAAGGGCCGGGUUACCAGGUCUCACCCUAAUGAGAGCUAUGGGGAGGAGGUGGCGGGCCCCCGCUGUGGCAGUAUAAACGAGCGAGAACUCGCUCUGGGUAGGAUGAGGUACAUGGAGUCCCCUCCCUCCCCAAAACCCCCCCUCAAUAUGAGCCGUGCAUUAGAUGAGUCGGGAAACCUGUCAUUCUUCGGCGGGGGUCCGCCACGUGGCCCUCUCCAUAGUACUAUGAUGGAGGAUUUGGGGGGUCGUGGUAUUGGGGAUCAGCGUAGCAGCAGCCCCCUGACAGUCCGCCAUAUGUUAGGCUCUAAGAGCACCACGUCAAGCCCCGUUAUGAGCACCUUCCACCGGACAGGUUCGCUCAGCCACGCCGAUCAGAACGGCUACGGCUCCCGGCUCCCGCGCUGGGACGAACCGGGUCACGGGGGCUUUAACGCCCGGGGGGGCCCUGGGGGGCCCCGAGAUGAGGGCCAGGCCCCGCCAAACUACGGCAGCUACUCACCCAUCGUGGCCCGCUCGCCACACUUACAGAAGCUCCACAACAUGCGUAACCGUUCCGACACUGACCCCUUCGUCCUGAGCCCGCAGCAGGCCACCUCCACGCCCUCCCACGAUCCCCGACCCGUCGUCUCCCGCAACGAGCGCAUGGCUGCUCUGGAGCGUCGUAUGAUGGCCAAUGGCCUGUCUGCCCCCGGCCAGCCCAAGCCCAGCCCCUUACAGAAGCUGUACAGCCGGGGUGGCGUAGACCACAUAGGGGCUGUUCAGAUGAUUGACGGCUCCACCAGCAGUGGCACUGAGUCCAGUGACUCGGAGACCGAGACCACCACGGGCAGCUCCAGCAGCCACCCGCUGACCUAUGGUAACCCCAUGGCCAUGGGGGUCAACUCCUCCCCCAUGCCCAGGAACAAAUACUCAUUCGGUAGCCUCCAGCUGGAUGAGGAGUUGGAGGAAGAUGGCUGCCUUAAUUUUAGUGACGAGGACGGGGCUCAGGUCCCUCAUCUCUCCGCCUCCUCCGGUAACUCCCAGGGCAUGGUCAAUGGUCAGAAGCCGGUCGAGCUCUGUGGUCACAGUCCGGACGGUCGGCAGCCCUCCCCCCUUACCAGCCCCCUGCUCAACGAUGCCGGAAGCGUGCGCACCGAUGAUGAAGACGAGGUUCGGAGGAAGAGAUUCCCCACCGACAAGGCCUACUUUAUUGCCAAGGAGCUGCUGACCACAGAGAGGACCUAUCUGAAGGACCUGGAGGUCGUGACUGUGUCUUUUCAGAACUUGGUGGGUAAAGAUGAAGCUGCACCGGACUCCCUGAAGAGCACCAUCUUCUCCAACUUUGACCCUCUGUACAAGUUCCACUCCGGCUUCCUCAGAGAGGUGGAGCAGAGACUGGCUCUAUGGGAAGGGCGCUCCAAUGCCCACAUUAAAGGAGAUUACCAGCGCAUCGGUGAUGUCAUGCUGAAGAAUCUACAGGGCCUGAAGCCGCUGACUGCCCACCUCCAGAAGCACUCGGAGGCCCUGGUGGAGCUGGAGAAGGCAUGCCGGGGCUCCCGGAGGCUGGAGGUGCUGGUCCGGGACUUUGAGCUGCAGAAGGUGUGCUACAUCCCUCUCAACGUGUUCAUCCUCAGGCCCCUGCACCGCCUCUUGCAUUACAAGCAGAUCCUGGAGCGUCUGUGCAAACACUACCCCCCCACACACGUGGAUUUCAGGGACUGCAGAGCCGCGCUGGCGGACGUGUCAGAGGUGGUGGCCCAGCUCCACGGCAGCAUGAUCAAGAUGGAGAACUUCCAGAAGCUUCUGGAGCUUAAGAAGGAUUUGAUUGGCAUCGACAGUCUAGUCACUCCAGGGCGGGAGUUCAUCCGGCUAGGUUGUCUCAGCAAGCUGUCUGGAAAAGGCCUCCAGCAACGAAUGUUUUUCCUGUUCAAUGACGUCCUCUUGUAUACGAGUCGAGGGAUGACGGCGACGAACCAGUUCAAAGUGCAUGGGCAGCUCCCUCUCCAUGACAUGACAAUCCGGGAGAGCGAGGACGAGUGGGGUGUGCCUCACGCCUUCACCCUGGUUGGGCAGCGUCAGUCAGUGGUGGUAGCAGCUAGUUCCCUGUCAGAGAUGGAGAAGUGGAUGGAGGACAUUAAGAUGGCCAUUGACUUGGCAGAGACCAGCAACGGCCACACGGCUGACCUGCUGGCCAGAGGUCUGACUGAUAACAAAUCCACAACAGAGGACUCCUGUGCGGAGGCAGAGUCUGAGGACGACCUGAUGGCGUCACGCACCUCCCUGGAGAGGCAGGCCCCUCACCGUGGUAACACCACGGUGCACGUGUGCUGGCACAGGAAUACCAGCGUGUCCAUGGUGGACUUUAGCAUAGCUGUGGAGAAUCAGCUGUCAGGAAACCUGCUGAGGAAGUUCAAGAACAGCAACGGCUGGCAGAAACUCUGGGUGGUCUUCACCAACUUCAGCCUGUUCUUCUACAAGACCCACCAGGAUGAUUAUCCUCUGGCCAGUCUCCCCCUGUUGGGCUACUCGGUCACCAUCCCCACUGAGUCUGAAAACAUCCACAAGGACUAUGUCUUCAAACUGCAUUUCAAAUCCCACGUCUACUACUUCAGAUCUGAGAGCGAAUACACUUUUGAGAGGUGGAUGGAGGUCAUUCGCAGUGCCACCGUCUCUGCCAGCAGCACCCGCAUUCUGAGCCGGAAAGAGCCCCAUCCGUACUGAUCCAAAGAGCAAGGGCUCUCUCCCUGUCUCCAUGCCUCUUCUCCCUACCACAAUCUCCCAUAGGGUCUGGCCACAUCUAGCCUCUCAUCACACUAUGACUCCCCAAGCAGCAAGCUGAAGCAGAGCCCAUCUGGCGCCACAUUCACUUCACUUCUCUGGACACUCUUGAUUUCCUUUUCUACACAUAUCUGGGACAUAUGUACAUUGAGCAGUGUCCAUGCACAAUCUUGGUGCUUUUUAAUGCUUUAAUGGUGACAUGUCCGCUGGUUUAGACUGCAUCAGAGACUGCAUUUUCAGCAUUUUUACUCAGCUCUGAACCUCUUUUUGUAGGAUGCCAUUUUAUACUGUUUUCUAACGGGCUGAAUCACUUACUGUACUUCUGGUUUCACAUUCUGUCAUUGGAUUGUUUUUAUGGUGGGAACAUGUUGAUACAGAGAUUCUGCAUUUUAAAACUUUUUUUUCAUAGAUGGUUAGAAUAUCACUGCAUCCUCAAGAUUUGUGUCUCCUUGUUUACUUUAAGGGGGAAAAUAAUAAUGAAAAAAUGAUAAUAAAAAAGUGCCAAACAGUUUAACCAUUUUCCUACACUUUUAAUGCAAUUUUACUACAUUGGUGGUGAGGAGACUUGAAAUGUGUUGUAAGAAAAAAAAAAAAAAAGUCACUUUAAAUUCCAUUUUUCUUUUAAUAAGAUGUCUCUGGACAGUGAGAGACCUUGUGAUAAGUAAGAUAUCAGAAUAUUUUGUUGUAUCAUCGACUUAACUCUAGAACUACUUAUAAAGCUAUCAGGGUAGUUACCAUCACCACUAACGCCAUUAUUCAAGUGAAGUGAAUAUUCCUGGUAUGCUUUGUUGUAAGGAUACUUCAGAGGGUGUUCUGAAGACUAUUAUAUUCCACCCUCAAUUGUGUGAGAAAUGUGAGAUGUUCAUAAUCUGUGUAUUAUGAAGGAAACUGUAAUGGAAAGCUUUAAAGAAUAUGUGUGAAACAAAAUCUAAACUUUCAGUUCCAAGCACCAUUGCCCUUGUUGGACUAGGCUGCCUCCCAUAUGUAAAGAGACCUUUACAAGUCUAAAUUUAAAUGGAUAUAUGCAUAUGACAGAGAGGGAAAACUUUGGUUUUCCUUAUUGAGGGAAUGCUGUGUUUUCCCAGACACCAGAGAGCGCUUUGGAAAUGAAAGCAAUAAAAACCUAAUUUGAA